UGAGAAUCUUAACAUUUCUUCUUUUUAAUUUCCCCCAACCAUAAGUUUAUUCUCUGCAUAUAUGAGUUGUUUCUCAUGGUCAAAUUUUGUCCAGAAACUCAUUUUGACACAAGGCUAGGGGAGAAACGUAACUGUAAGAGAAGUUAAAUAAUGUCAUCAAGAGUUGUUAAAUAUUCCAUGUUGAGGUUGUGCUAGCUGAUCAGAAAUCAAAGAUACAAGUUGUACUAUAUUUACUACAAAAACCUAAUUACAUUAGAUCGAUGAUGCUGAAGAACGACAAGUGAUAUAUCAUGAAUUCAAGUGGAAAUAAUUUUCAGACGAAGCAAGAAUCAGGUGGAACCAGUGAUAGUAGAUUGGCCUCAAAGACGACUAGUACACCAUCAAGUUCAAGGCAGUGGGGAGCCUUUAAGAACCCAAGAAUUGUACGCGUAUCGCGUACUUUUGGAGGGAAAGACAGGCACAGCAAGGUGUGCACCAUAAGGGGUCUUCGAGAUAGGAGAAUUCGACUUUCAGUACCCACAGCAGUUCAAUUGUAUGAUCUUCAAGACCGGCUUGGGCUCAGCCAACCUAGCAAAGUUGUAGAUUGGUUACUCGAAGCAACUAAACAUGACAUCGAUAAGCUUCCACCACUUCCAGUUCCACCAGGAUACUUCACACGGUUUCAACAACCUCUUCAUCAGGAGUACUCUGACAUUCAUCAUGUCCAACACUUGUUGAACGCGACUUUACCCUAUCAUCAUCAUUUUGAUGUAGAUAAUUUGAGACAAAAAUCGAAGGGGAUUGAUGUAGAAUCAGGCACAUCUGGGAAAAACAAGUUGAUUGCUAAUUCAAACCAGCAAGAAAAUCACCAGGAGGAUGAUAUUGGAGGAUAUUGUCAUCAAGUUUCAGCUCAGAGUUUCUUUCCUUUAGGAAAUCGAUCUCCUAAUCUACCCUUCAAUUCGUACUAUCAAUGGGAGCCUAAUUCGAGCUUGUCUUUAGCUAAUUUCGGACAAUAUAAUUCGUCUUCAUCUCAAAUACAAGAAUCUCAUGAUCAAAAUGAUUUUCCUCUAUCAUUGGCAUCAUCAUCAUCAUCAGGCUCUCAAUUGUAUUUCAAUCCAAUAGCUACAACAUUUCAACCUGUUGUUCCAGGUCCAAAUUAUAUGGCCAAUGAGACUGAUUUGAGGCAACUCAAUCAUUUCAAUUUCUUAUGCUCAAGUUCACAACAUCAUCAUGUCCAUCCAAAUAAUCCUAUUUUUCCAACUACUCUUAGCUUGAUCAAUUCCCCUAUGAAACCCUUCAGUCUCAAUGAUGAUGAUCCCAGAUGGAGUAAUUCAAGAGAUGAUGAUGACGAUGAUGACAAUGAUAACCAAUUACCACAUGAAGGUCGCGCCAAUUAAUUCUUAAACUAUUGGAUCGAUAAGAAGAAUAAUUAACAAUAGUACUAUCCUAGUGAGGAGCGUUGAGGCGAAGUCCAAGAUGUUGGAAAUUAGUUCAAGGAGGAGGAGGAGCAGUUACAAUUCACUCGAAUUCCCUUGAAGACAAGUGUAGGAAAUGAUUCUUCUUUACUUCAAAAUUCAAAUAUUUUGGAUUGACAUUGUCAUGAGCAAACAUACUCGUGCUACAUUCCUUCUUCACAGGUAAAACAAAUAUAGUAAGCAUUUUAUUUCUAGUACCAGAUAGGUUUAUAAAGUUUUAUCUCUAUUCAGAAAUACACAUACAAUAUUAUUUCAAAUUAGACAGUUUCUAUUUAUUACCACUGCGUGGUAACUUAAAUGAUGAGCAUUAUAUAUUGGUAGUUCGUU